CUUGGUCAUUGCUCUCGCAGUAGCUUCGAUAUUGGAUCACAUUAGAUAUCCCACUGUGUGAGAACCUCUUGCUGCCGGCUUUGAUGAUGGAGGUGCGGUUGGAUUUUUCUUCCGAGAAAAAGAAGAGAGGCUGGACUGGUCCAACUGGACAUGAGAGCGGCGCAGGCCAUUGAGAACACAGUCUUUUUCCACACUAGGCAGUCAUAUCUCACUCAACGAGGCCGCAUUUUGUGACCGUCUUCUUCAGGACCCCGCUCUGCUCUCCCAACGGCGCAUGGCGCAAAGUUUCGUUUCCGUUGUUUCGCAACGCCGCUUUCUUUUGCCUUCUUUUAGGAGAAGAGGAUCAUAGUAUAGUCUGUUCGCAUAGGCCGUUGCCCCUGACCAACAUGGCGGAAGCGCCAACAAGCUCGACCUGGGUUGCAGACCAACAUCGGCAUCUAAGAGAUAGCUGGGAGAGCCUAUCGUGUGAUACAUGAUCAAAGAGGGGGAGAAUGUCAGGUACACGGCCGGAAUACCUCGCAAGAGAGCCCACAACUGCGCCUCGAUUGGGUUUCCAGCGAAUAUUCCUUGCCCUGCGUAAUAAGUCACUUUAGUUACAGUUGCUUACAGCGCCAUAAUGCAUGCAGGUGUUGCAGGGCCAAGGUCUGGCUUCUCUCCCGUCGCUGACAAGGCAUGCGCACUGCCCAGCCCCCAGUGCCCCCCCCUCCAUCUCCUUCCUUCGGUCCACAUCCCACCUUGCGGGCUCGCUCUCUUAUAGCAACAGCUCAGCCUUUUUCUUCCCACCCCGCCCUUCCUUUCCACUUGUUGGAAAUUUCUCUGCAACUUUUCCACAUUUUUGUUGUUAGUCUUUUCUUCUUUUUUCGUGAUACCCACAUCGCGAGUUUUGUUUCGUAUCUCAUAACUACUACUCCCACUACUACCGCUACUACCCACCACUUGGGUGUGACCCAACACCGACCCAAACUCGCCCACCAUGCCCGAGGUGUACCGCGAGUCCCGUUACGCCCGGGACACGUCGCCCUCCGACGAUGAGGGCUAUAAGAGAACCACAGUGCGUCGGUACAAAGUUGGACCGGUCUCAGUGGAGAAGACUGAUCGGGUAGAGCGCGAGCGUGAGCGCGAUGUCGAGGUUGUGGAGGAGGAUCGCCGCAGCCGAUAUGGUGGCGGCAGCCGUGUAGGCCGGGAUCGGGAGGACCACAUCGAGGUCGACCGUCGGGUUGAGAGGGUGUACGUUCCCGAGCGUCCUCGCUCUGCCUUCGAGCCGUCGCCUCACAGUGCCACCUAUGUAGAGCGCCGUGAGGUAAUCGAGCGGGAGAGGGAGCGCGAGCCCAGAGACGACUUCAUCCGGGUCGACCGGACCGAGUAUCGCGAUCGCGGCGGGGACAGGGACACUGUUGUGGAGCGGGAGCGCAUUAUCGAGCGGGAGCGGGAUGACCGGGACUAUGACCGGACCCGCACCGUGGUUGAGAGGCAGGUUGUGGAGCGAGAUGACCGGAACAACGAGUAUUGGCGUCAGGAUAUCACCGACCGCCCCAAGGUUGUCUACGAGUCCAAAGAACUUGUCCGAGCCGAGCGCGAUCGCGAAGAUGCCUUCUCGCCGAGGACUCCUCGUGACUGGGAACGCCGCUCAUACUGGGAUGAGGACAAGCAGACUGAAGUCCGAGUGGAGAGGAGAGUCGAGCAUCGGGAUUCCCACGGCGGUGAGGUUGUGGUAGAACGCCGGAUUGAGGAGCGUGACCACCGUGAUGAUGACAGGUACAGCGGAGAGAUUGAACGCUGGCGCAAGGAGACGGAAUACUACGAACCCGUCGUCCAGCCUGCCCCCAUCGUCAUUCGCCAACGUGCCCCUGAGCAGAGAAUCAUUGUUCAGGAGGCGCCCCCACCGCCGCCUCUUGUCAUCCGUGAACAGGCUCAAGAGACCAAUGUGGCGAUAGCCCGCAUCCCCACUCGGGACGAGGAAUACUAUUAUCGCCGGGAAUCUCGCGAGCUCGGUCCUUUCCGUGGAGAACGUGAAGAAUACGAGGUUGAACGCUAUGGCGAGCCUCACCGCCACCACCAUCAUCACCACCACAGCCAUAGCCGUCACAGCCAUCAUCAUGACGGCUACAGCGAUGCCGAGUCAGACAAAGAGGUAUAUGUCAGACGGAGAAUCGUCAAGCGUGAGGAGUCGAGCAGUCCUCACAGGAAGCGCCACAUUGCCGAAGGUGCUCUUGCUGGCGCAGGUAUCUCUGCCAUUCUAGCAUCUCGCCGCAAUGCCCAGGGUGAGCUUCCUGAGAAGCGUGGUCGCAAAGUCCUCGCUGGCGCUGCCCUGGGAGCCAUCGGUACCGAGGUUGCCAGACGCGCUCACAGCGCCUACGAAGACAGGUAUGGAGAAAAGGACAAGGAGAUCAUCAUCAGGGAACGCUCUCGGUCUCGGCAUGGGCACUCGCGUUCGCGCUCUCGUUCGCGGUCACCUCACUCUAGGCUCAAGACAGGUCUUGGUAUCGCCGCUGUGGCUCUCGCAGCUGCCGGCGCUGCCAAACUGUACCAGAGCAACAAGGUCGAAAAGGAGGAGAUGGCCCGCGGACGCCCCGUCCACCGUGCUUCAAGCGACAGCUCCCGUUCCCCCAGCCGCAAGCGAUCCAAAAGCGCAGCAGCCAAAGCCGGACUCGGCACUGCCGCCGCGGUUGGACUCGUCCAGCAUUACCGCCACAAGAGAAGCAAGUCCCGCGAUGGUAAGAGCCGCUCCCGAUCUCGCCUGCGCACCGGCGCCGAGAUGGUAGCUGCCGGUCUUGCCGCCGCCGGGGCCAAGAAGAUGUACGACAAGCGACAGGACAAGAAGGAGGACGAGCGCGAGAAGGAGGCGCUGAAGCGUGAGCGCGAGCUCAGCGAUGAAGAGCACUAUGCGCGCGAUGAGGAAUCCUAUCGCCGGCGCAGCAGAAGCAGAAGUUUACCUCGGUCCGGACCCACGUACCCCGACGCUGACCUUCCACCCACUGAUCCUGAAUUAGGCAUGGUUGAGUACGGGGCGCACCCCCUGUAUGCGAACCCGGCCCGUCCCCACGAUCCUUACGGCGCGGCGAUGGGACCGGCUGCCGCGGCAGCGGGGUAUGAAUCCGCGGCGGAGGAGGGCCGACACCGCGGACGGAGGAAGAGGGGCCACCGAAGACGAUCGAGAGGCGAUGAUAGUGAUUACUCGGCCGACAGCGAGCCCGAGACUGACAAGGAGAAGAAGAGGAGUGGCAGUAAGCUGAGAGACUUGGCUGCCGGAGCUGCUGCGGCUGGCGCUGCGGCCUUUGGCAUCAAGAAGGUUCGUGAUAGCAAGAAAGAGAAAGAAAAGGAAAAAGAAAGGGAUAGAGAUGAGAGAGACCGCGAUAGGGACUGUGAUAGGGAUCGUAGCAGGAGAGAUCGUGACGAAGACCAAGACCGUGACCGUGACAGGAACAGAGACCGAGCUAGGGACAGGUCUAGGGACCGAAGCCGAGAUAGGAGCUAUGACCGUGACAUCGAGCGGAGGAGGGAGCGGGAGAAGAGCCGGGGCAAAGAGCGGGACCAAAGACGCUAUGAGGAUGAGGACGACUACAGACGAACGCCAUCUCCAGCCCAUGCCUCGGGCGGAUACUAUCAACCACCGCCGCCGCCGCAGCCUGUAGUCAACAACGGCUUCACCAACCAUCCCAACUACGUCUCGGACAACCUCCAUCAGCAGCAGUACCAGCCCUACCGCCCACCUGACUACACCGGCUUCUCCCCUCAACCGCCUGGUGUCCCGCCCAACUCGGCAGCCACCAACAACGGCAUGCCACCUCCCCCUCCACACCAGAUGCCGCCGCCGCCAGCACCCCAAGGUCCGCCACCUAAUCAACCCCCAGGCCCUGAACAUGUGAAUGGUCUAAACCACAAGCUCACCCCCUUCUACUCCCCCCCAACAUCCCCCAUCAUGACCCCCCAAACCGAAACCGACGACCCCAACGACGACAUCCCCGGCACCCCUCGCACCGCCCGCUCGGUGGUCUUCGUUCCCCUGUCCCCCAAAUCCCAAGCCACCCUCCGCCGCCACCGCGAAGCCCAGGAAGCCGCAAGGUCAGACGCAGAAGAGGACAGCGACAUCACGCCUCCUUCUCCCCUCGGCCCCACCACCAGCAGCGACGAUGACAAAGCUCUUCGCAAGAAAUCCAAAGCGGUAUCAGAUGACGAUGAAGAAUCUGCCGUGGAGGAGCUGCCAGAUCGGUUUGACGGCGAGGGGAGACCGCUUACCGCCCAGGGGCAUGAAGACAGGCGGGGUGGGGUGCACUCUAGGAAGGGGUCGUUUGAGUACCGCAGUCCAAAGGGACCGAAUGGGCUGAACAUGAUGGGUGAUUGGGCUGUCAGCGGGACGGAAAAGGAGACGGUGGAGAGGAUUGUGCAAAAUGUCACAGGAGUCUUGGAAGGGAAGGGGAGUUGGAUGGGGUUGAUUGGGGGUUUGCUAAGCGGCAAUCUGUUGCAAGGUGGUCACGGUGAAGGAAGCGGUAGUCGGGAUGGGAACAGGGAUAGUAGAGACAGAAAGGGCAAAGGUCGGGGUCACGAUCGGAGUGAGGAUGAGGGUGAUGAUGAGGACGAUGAUCGGUAUAGAAGGCGGAAGAGAAGUGAUAAGAGACAGACGGAGGAUGAGCGGGGGGAGAGCAGUCGGGGGACCAAAAAGGGACGUCACGAUUCUCACGAUUACGACCAUGAUGACGAUGAUUAUUACGGUGAUGAAGAUCGAAAGCGGAGGAGGAGUAGGAGGAGUAGUAGGCGAUAUCACAGGGAUGAUGAUGACAGUGAUGAUCGGGAGAAGAGGAAUCGGUGAUGACUUUUAAUGACCUUGCGUUUCGGCUUUUUUAUUGCUUUUUUUUUUUACUUUUUUACUUUUUGUUUUUUUGCCGUUGAGUUUACGUCUUGGUUUCUUAUACAUGUUGUUUUGUUGAUUUGAUGUUUUUUAUCUUUGGCUCAAUAUAUCAAUGUCUGUUGUUUACGUUAGAUAUGACUUUGCUUUUUUGUCUUUAUGGAAACGGAUCACAACUCAGGGGUAAUACACACACAUAUACGACUGGAA